UUCAUUGAAAACCCAUGAAGUGCCCCGUUGCACGUCGGGUAAACCGAAAUAUGUACGUACGUCGCACAGCCUUGGAAAAAGCGUUGAGUUGUUAUAUCCAUCGACUAAAAUAAAAACAUUGAGGUGAAAAAAAACCUCAUCCCUCACCCUCUCGUUCCCCCGCAAAACAAUAGUUCCAGUGUUGGUUAAAUAAAAUAAAACUCAGUGAUAUUAAAUCCUCAAAAAGUUGCAUUGUUUUUGGGGUGGGCAGGUAGUGGGGGCAAUACAACUGGGUGAAAUAAAUACACAUAGCCGGUGGAGGUGAUUUUUCGAGGCAGGGGACGAAAAUACGAGGUCUGGUUUCCGUUGGUGGAGAUGGCCACUUGCAGAGGACCAUUUUUGGGGUCAACUGAGUUGGGUGAAUAACAAUCGGAAUCUCAGAUGUAACCCAUGUGUGCUAAAUACAGACUAAGGACAAUAGCCCUGGUAAUUCAUAUAAUUUACGUGUGCUCCACCAUCUGGUGAAUCGAAAGGACUCAAGAUGUGCGACCAGACAGAAAUUCGCUAUUUAGAUGGCGAUGUGGUCUGGGUGAAGCUGGGCCCCUGCUGGUGGCCUGGACAGGUCACCGGGGUGGACAACCUCCCCGAGGAUCUCAAAGUGGAUUUCAAUAGGAAGCCACCCAUUGCUGCUGUCAAGUUUUUCCAGGAAAAUUCUUAUGAAUUUGUGAAGAAUAUACAUCAGAUUUAUCAGUACAACUGCACACAGAAGGAUGAGUUUAUCAAGAAAGGCCUAGACAAAUACCGUACAAAACACAAAAAUGGAUCAAAACUGAUGGACAAAUUCCCUGGGGACGUGGAGACCGCAGAGAUGCUGACCGGUGGAGACCCCAAUAUCCUGAAAUCGGAAAAAUUCUGCCCUGAGGAGAAGCCCGACAUAUCCGCGCUGUUCGGCGAGAAGAAGUCCCCAAAGAAGAAGCAGAAACCUAAGGACGACGAGAUGACACGUCGCAGUUACUCGACCGGGCACAAGAUAGUCCGCCCCCGUAUGCUGAGGGAGAGUGAGCACGAGGUGAGGAUACGUCACCAGCCGAGCAGUCACCCGACGACGCCGACCUCAGGUGACCAGAAUAUCUACGCCUGCCCCCUGUGCAGCUUCACAACGACUCGAGUGAACGUCUUGAUAUGCCACAACAAGAGCCACCGAGAGGGCCCAGUGGAGGGUGCAGUGAGGCCUCUGCUGGCAACGCCCAAGCGACGAUCCCUAGGAGACGAGCCCCAAAAGCGAAAAUACGUGAGGAAGAACAAGAGCCUCCCCAGGCUGAAGAACGAUCGUCUGAGUGAGCCUGUGAAGAGAAAGCAGAAGCAGCAGGAGAAGACAACGAAGAAGAAGAAAGCAGAUCCUGAGAUAAACGAUUUGCUAGCCGACUGGGACGACGGAUCCGACGACAUGGAGGUGGACAUGAACAAGUCGACCCCCAUCAGCAGUCCCUUGACUAAAGACAGAAAGCCUGAGGACGACGAGGACACUGACCUCCUGAAGGAAUCAGAGAAACUGCUGAAAGAGACUGAGAGUUUGUCCACGCACUUGGAGAACUCAAAGACUAAAUCACUGGAGGAUCCCCUGUUCGACGAGGCGAUCCUCAAAGCUGAGUUGAAAAAGACACUGGAGGAUGCUGAGGACCCGCAGGAGUCGGAGAGCCUGUCGGCACGCCUGCAGAGCUCGAUCAGUAAACCGUUGGGCGAUUCUGUGGGCGAGGAGGCUGUCCUGAGUCCAGUUGUCAAGGAUAAACAGAUGAAGAAGAGGACUCCUGAGGAGGAGGUGAAGGAGUCGGAGAAUUUGUCGAGUCGUUCGAAGAAUUCCAAGACUAAACCACUCGAGAAUGAUUCCCUGCACGAGGAACCUGGACUCAGCCUUCCAGUGGUCAAGGAGAAGUCAGCACUCUCGAAGAAAUUGAGGAAGUUCCUCGGGGAGAGGAAGAACUCGACUCCUGAGAACGAGGAGGAAAAAAAAUCCAAGUUAUCGUGCUUUGAUUUUGAAGACGAGGAGCCAGAGCCUGCUUUGCCCCCAGUGAGGAAGAUCCCUCGAGUCUUCGGUGAGAAGAACACUUCCCUGAAAAAGGAGAUCAUCAAGGAGUUUGUACUCUCUCAGGCGCUGGCUGAAGAGAAGGAAGCGGAGAGCAAAGCGAACGAGAAAGAGGCGAAACCUGAGGAGAACCUGAAUGAGGAAUCGAAAAAAAGCCAAGACGAUGAUAAACUGACGCAGGACAUCAUGAAAACUGUCGACGAAGCCAGUGAACUAGUGGCCAAAAUCGCCUCCGAGACUGAGAGGUCCAACGAGGGCAAGUCCAAGCGAGACGUGACUGAGACAGAACUUGAGAUUGUUGAGAUACUGGAAGUUGAACGUGAGAAAGAGCCAGAGGAGGAAGUGAAAGCUGAUGAUCAAGAGAAGAUGGAGGAGUCUGUGGUGGAAGCUCAACGUGAAUUGCAAGGUGAACCUCAACCUCAGCCUGAACCCGAGAAGAUUCUGGACAAUCACAAGUCCCCGAAGCACUCCCCAUCGAAAUCCCCAGGGAAAUCCCCUCGAAAAUCCCCAUCAAAGUCCCCAAUGAGAUCCCCGAAGAAGCUGACACCAACUUCAAGUCCAGCAAAGUCUGGAGUACUGCCAAAAGACCCUAAAGACCUCGAGGAGAUUGACAUUAACUCUGGAAGGGUGACGAUCGAGAGUGAAGAGGAGACUUUAACAAUCUCCCAGCUAUCGAACGCAGGAUCUGGAGAUGGGGUGGAGAUGGGAUGGAAUCAGCUGAGUGAAAUCAUAGGUGACAAAUCCUCGACGGAGUCCCCAUCAGUGGAGUCUCCUCAGCCAAAAGCAGUUGAAAAAAAGCCAGCGAAACGUCGAGGAAGACCUCGCAAGUACCCCCUGCAGACAGACGUGAGUGGAAAUGGAGACUCCUCAACGAGAUUCGAAGAGCCUCAACUCCCUGCCACCCCUGACAGCCAUGAAACAGACAGAAAAACGUCUGAGUCUGAUGGGGAGAGAUCGUACACUGGGAGAAGACGAAAGCCGAAUAAAAAGUACCUGGAGUCGGAUAUUUACAGCUCGUCCCCAGGUCGCAGGACACCUAGAACUGAUGACAGCCAGUCAGAGACUGAGGAGAAGGAGCAGAAGGUCAAGGGGAGGAGGGGAAGGAAGCCAUCAGCCAUCAGCAAGGCAAUCAGAAAGUCUCUGGAGGAGUACGAGUUCUCGGAUCAGACACUGGACAGUGCUGAAGAGGCUGGAGUCUCCACCCCAGUCCCAAAGUCACCGAUUAAAUCCCCCGAAUUUACGGCUGUGAGACAUGAUGGCAUGAGCCCAGUCAAUAUCACUGAUCUCCUAGCAACAAGUGACGUUGAAAUUAAGUCCCAGGGAUUUGGAAGUCUUGAGACUGAUCGAGGUUUGACGACAGUUGAAACUAAAGUGCAGAUAGUAGAGACUAAAGUUCCUGAGGUGCAUAACGAGGAGAAGGAGGAGGAGGAGGAGGCGGCGGAGGAGAAGAAGAUUGAGAUGCUUCCACCAAAGAAGUCCCAGAUCAAAAAAUUCGAGAUGUCUCAGAUGGAUUCUCAGGAAGCAAUGGUGACUAAACCUGAAAAUGAAGCUGAAAAAGUGGAGACUAAAGUCGAGCCUGUGGAGGAGGAGGUAAAGCCUGAGGUAUCAAACGAAAUUGUGCAGGAGACUGUUUCAGUUUCAGAGGUGAUAACGACUGUUGUUCAGGUGGAGUCAGAGACUGCUGAUGGCACCGUUGAGAAUAUCGUUGAGGAGACCAUUGAGAAUAUAAUUAUUGAAGAGGUAAUUGAGGCAAAGGCGACAAUCGUCGAACCUGAGAGUCAAGAGCCAGAACAAGAACCUGUUGAGGCAAAUAUUCCAGUGCCUUCUGAAUCUACUGAGCUCACUGAAUCUAUUGAAGCCCCUGCACCAGUCCCUGAACAAGUCCCUGAGGAAAUUCCUGAGGAAAUUCCUGAGGAGCCGAAAGCACCUGAGGAGCCAAAAGCCCCUGAAAUCCACCCAACCCUCAGCAUCGAGGAGAAAAUCCUCACCGAAGUAAUUGAAACAGUGGUUCCAGCGACUCCUGAAGAAGUCCCCAACGACACAAACGUCCCUCCCCCCCAGGAGUCCAUUCCCUCCCCACUCCCAGAGGCCUCCAACUCCAUUCCCUCCCCCCAGGAGGCCCCAUCACCAAAAAAAUCCCCUGCAAAGCCAUCUCCCGCCCCUGCAGACGUUUCAGUCCCCGUGAAAAAGCGAGAGAAACCCCGAAUAAUUGAGAACGUGGCCUUGCGAGAGCCCAUGCAAAUCCUGAAAUCAAAACUGCUGGAAAAACAGCCGUCGAAAGGUAUCAAGCACAAACUAGAAAUCGAUAAUUCCUCGAAAAAUGAAUCUGGUUGCACCCCACGAGCAAAAAUGAUGAAACUCGACUCGAAUAAAUCAAACUCUUCCCCGAAGACUCCCCCAGGUCAGUCGAUAACCAAAAAACUCCAGGUCCUGAAGGCAGAAGAGGCUGUAGACCACCAACAGGACAAGUUAAACCUCUCCAACACGAUCAGCAUCGCCUCGAGUGGCACCUCUGACCCCUCAGACGUUGAAUUCGACAUAAACUCAAUUCCCUUCGUAAUGAGUGAGGAUCUGACCCCUGAGAAGGUCGAGCAAAUGCCAGUGAUGAUGUCCUCGAUAAUCUCAACGCCAUCUUCGAGCGCUGUCACACCAGCCCUCACCCUGACGACCCCCACGACCCAAAUGGCAACCAAUCAGGUGCAGUUCAAGCCCACAGUGACAGCUACUGAGACAAGCACCCCCGAGAAGGCCCCAGCAAAGAAGAAAACAGCAUCGCCAACGAUUUUAAAGACCAAAACAAAAGCCAAACCGACGAUAACCAGCAUAAAAACCCUAGUCCCCCCAUUGACAGGUGGAGUCAAGGGCUUGAAGUUCCAGAGUCAGCAGGGAACAAAGACAAUGCCAAUGCUGACGACCUCCAAAGGUUCUCCAGGAAAAUACGUUAUCGUUCAAGCAGGCACUGGAGGCCAGCCAGUUCGUUACACAGUCCAGGGUACGACAGCAAUGUCCCAAAAGAUGUCAAUAUCAUCAGCUAAAACGUCAACAGGAAAUCCCCAGAUCGUCCAACAGGGGAAUAAAGUCGUUAUCCUGACGUCACCGACGUCUGGACAGACUAAAAUGGUCCCCCUGGCUGUUCAGAAGACGAUAACAACAGGAAAGGUCCAGAAAAUUGUGUCGAAUAAAGGACAGAUGUUGGGUAAGACGAUGAUAGCCCCCAAGAGUGACACGAGCUCUCCAACAACGUCAAAGCACACUCCCAGUGGUCAGAAGAUUGUUAACACUGGGCUUCUGUCGAAGGGGGUGUUCACACCGAUAACAGGAACUAAAACAGUCCUGGGAAUUCCCCAGCAUUUCAUCACCCAGAAGGGGGUCAUCACCCAGAUAAAUGCCUCUCAAAUAUCUGGAAAAUCAGUGAUGGGACAGAAGACGUUUGUCACCAACAAAGGAACAUUCUAUCCAAUUCCGACUCAGGGAGGUGGGAAGACACUCCUCACCCCCAUAUCCCAGAGCUCUUUAGCUGGAAAAACGAUAAUAACAAGUGCUGGAUUGGUGCCAGGCAAGGGAGCAGUCCUGACGCCGUUCACUGGACAACAGGUGAAGGCUAUGGCUGCUAAAGGGACUCCAGGUAAAGGUGCCAAAAUGCAGUAUCAAGCGGUCCAACAGAAGGUGCAACUCCCAAUGCUCCAGAAGAAGAUUCCACUGUCCUCUGCAACAACAGUGCAGCGAGUUGGGGCUAUGAAGUCACCUGGCACAAUUAUCCUGCAGAAUCCACCACCUCUGCAUCAGACCACUCCUCAGACACCUGGGAAGAUGACUCCGAAGAAGAUAAUAAGGCAGACUGUGAUGUCACCGCUGUCCCCACAGCCAGGAAAGUCGCAGACUCAAACGUUCCAGAGAUCAAAGUCUAUGGCGACGACAGUGACGCCUCAGAAGGGGAGACAAACUAAACAGAAGAUAGUUAUUCAGAAAGUCCCCCAGGAGACUCCCCCCAAGGGAGCAAUUCCAAUUGUCAAAACUCCUGGACAAAAGACGACAGUAUCCACUCCUGGAGGUGUACCAGGAACGAAUAGAGUAGUGCGAGGACAGCCAGCAGUGAAAAGCAUGCAGAAACAGCUGUCAACACCAGUGACUCCAGCAUCUCCAGUGGUUCCAGCUGCAGUAGCAUCGGAAUCUCCAUCAGAAGAUAAAAAAUCAGGUCCAGAGGUCUCGAAGAUCGAUGCCAAGUCAGUGGAGGCAUCGACAUCAACGACACCAACGGAACCAGUGAAACCAGAGGAGCCGAAGAUACCUGCCCAGCCCCAGAUAAUGGCACUCCCCACUGAGAGUGCUGAUGGCAGUCAAACAUAUGUUCUCGUGACUAUCGAUGAACAAGGCCAGAUUCAGCCACUGGACAACAACGCCCUGAUGUCCCUGGAGGGUACAACUGCCAAUGCCGAUGGCUCCAGAACCCUGUACAUCGAUCCAAGCUCUCUAGAUCCCUCAGGAGCUAUUGAUAACAUUGUUCUCCAGUUUGACAACACUGCAGUCGCUACUUUACCACCAACAAAUGCCCCAGAGGCCCCGCAAACUGUCUCCGAAGGAUUUCAAACGUCUAAUCAGGAUAUUCUAGCAGCAGCCCUGGCUAAUACUGACUUCCAGCAGGAGAUUGGACUGCCUGAGACCACUGUGGCCAGUGUGAUGACAGCUGGGAUAACUCAAACAAGUCUGGACACUCAAACAAUCCUCCAGAGCACUCUGAUACCCUCUGCAGAGCCCAUCUCGUCCCCAUCGGUCUUGGAGACCUCUCUCACCCUCAAUCAACCCAUUAUGACUCCACUGGAGGUCCCCAGCAGUGUUGGCAUCCAAUCAGACGUCACCGACGCAGCACCAGUCUCCAGCAUGGCAUCACUGGAAAUUCCCAUCUCGAUCAACAAUGCAAAAAUCUCCUACAUCGCAGCUCCUGAGGGUAUACUUCCUGGAAACUCCAUGCCUGACAUUGGGGAACUCAUGGAGACCCCAGAGCCCGCUCAAGUCCAGGGUCAGACUGCCAGUCAGUACCUGGUGAUUCCAGAUUUGCAAACGGGAAUUGAGAGACAAGAAGCCACUGCCGAGGCACCAGCCUGCACAAUCUCCUACGCUGUUUCAAUUCCAGAGAAUGUUGUCCUGGACUCUGGGCACGUGCAGACGACUCCGUCGAUGCCCAUAAUCGAUGAUUCUUUCGUUGAUAAUGUGGAAUUCCCCGAGGGCAGCGCUCAGACUGCAACUCCUGACGAAUUAGCCAGGAGUACGCCAACUGAUGAGAAUGCACAGGUCCCACAGGAGGAGAACAAACCCCCAGAGGAGGCAGAAACAGGACACGAGGUCAUUCGAGACAUGCCAAUUGUCCAAACCGACGAGACCGAUCACACUCCUUCAGCGAAUCCUCCAGAGGGUGAGGACAAUGCGAGUAAGAUCAGUAGUUGCCUGGAGGAGGCAUCAGCCUCAGAAACAAAACCACCAGAGGCUGAUGUGGAGUCGUCGGGUGCUUUCGAAGUUGAGACAGCAAAACCCGAAGACAGUUCCUCCAAAAUUGAGGAUGAACCCGAGCCAAUGGAGACUGAAACUGCUCCUGAGGUCCAGGUGAGCCCUCCAGUGGCCCAGUCGAGCCAGCCUGAGCCCAUGGAGGUCGACUUUGAGAAAGUCGAGGUUGGAGGCCGGGAUACUGUUGACGGUGUUGACGAGACCCCUUCUCAGUCCUUCGAGAAGUUCGAGAGUCUUUCGAUAAAUAAUGACGAGGUGAUUUCCCAGUCGACGUCGAAAUCAGUGGGGACUGAAGCCACUCAGUCGAGUCCUUACGAGCACAUGGAGAUGGAGACGACAGUGGCUGGAGAGCCACCAACUCAGUCCUUCGAGGAUGCCAGGGUGGGAUCAGGUGCAUCAGUCUCGCAGUCGUCUUACGAGGGCUCCAGUGAGAACACGAAUGCUCCCACCCAGUCUUUCAAUGAGGUCAGGGCUUCUGACGAGGCAUCUGAUGAUCCCAGCUUUCCAACGCAGAGCUAUGAGGUGGGGAAUGCUGAUAAUAUUGUGGAGUCUCUGGAGACUGAUGGGGAGAUCAGUCAGGAGGGGAACAUUCCCUCGCAGUCGAAUGACGUGGGGAACGAGGGCAUUGGCACCUCAGGAUUCUCCAAUAAUUCGGGACUGAAUGAGGAUGAGACUGCGAGUUCCUCGUACGUUCCUGAGACACCGGAGACCCAGGAGAGGGAUCAGGAUCAGGAGAGUGCUAUCAGCACGUCGAGCUACGAGAUUCCUCCCUGCGAUGAGAUCAAUAUUGCUACUUCCAGUGUUAUUGCGGACACUUCGGUGGACACUGGGAGCCUGCAUGACAAUGGAGUACCUGAGAUUCCCACAUCUUCGUAUAAUCUCAAUCCUGACAGCAGUUCUACGCAUGUCGAUGCUGUACCCACGUCCAGCUUCGAGGAUCAGGUCGUUGUCGAGCAGAAUGUGUCGACCUCCUAUGAGGUGCCAAUCUCCAUGCCCAGGUUGGAGGGGGAGUCCGCUCAGAAUUUUGUCAGUGAGAGCUCCGAUCAGAGGAACGAACCCAGUAGUUAUUAUGCACGCAAUCCUGAGGAAGUAACGUCAGAACCAAGUCAAAGCUACUUCGUGCCAGAGGGUCCAAGCCCCAGUUAUCCAACCGAAACAGUCUCCCCCAGCUGUUACGACGCACCACCAGAGACCGAAGCAAGUCAAAGUUACUACUCAACCCAAGAGAUGGACAGAACCGAGCAGUCCUCCUCGAGAAACGUGGAGGCCUCCCCGAGUUUCUACCAGGACACCCCCGACGAGGUGCGACUGCGAUCCCAGGGUGAGGCGACCCCCACCUACACCGAGAGAUAUCCCCUCGACUACACCCUCGACAAUUCACCGAUCGAGAGGCACGACCUGGUGGAGAGUUCAGUGCCAGCGACAAAGCCCACCGAGAGGUAAUAAUCAGCAGGACAAAACUGUUUUAUAAUAUCUCCCUUCAUUAAAAUAUAUACACCUGUAUGUAUAUAUCUCCUUUUAAACGUGCUCCUGAAGUGGCUGAACUACCAAGUGCUGGUAAAGAAAACAAAUUUAACGAAUAGAAAUGACUUAAGUGUAAAUAUUAAAGAGGAAGAACGAAACAUUUUGAUGGUAAACAGUGCUAGGGGUAGAUCCUUAUAAUUUAUAUUGACACGAGAAAAAUAUAGUAAUCUGCGAGGAGUCUAUAUCGAGUGGGAGAAAUGAAAAUUCAAUGACAGAACAGAUUAACACGAGCACUCGAUUAUUUUCAUCAUCAGGCUUUCGUUCAAUCAAAAAAA